CAUCUACAGAGUCUGCACAGAUUGCUUUUGCUGCAGUGAGAGGAUUUAAAAAAAGAGGGAGGGGGGAGGGAGAGAGAGGAGAGAGAGAGAGAGAGAGAGAGAGAGAGAGAGAGAGAUAGAACAAGAAAGCUAACACUCAAGCAAGCAUCUGACUCAACUCUUGACAGACGAGAGGACGAAUCUACGUACAGCACUGAUAGAGAGAACCUUUGGGCUAUACCGCUUGCAGAAUCUAUGACCAGGAUGACCGGAUCGCUCUCAUAUUAUUAAAGCGUUGCGCAUUCGGUCCCUUUAGGUCUGUUUGUGUUUAAUCGCGUCUUCUCUCUCCAACCCGUCUGAACGGCCCGCCUCGCUUCGCUCUUUUUAUAUAUAGAUAGGAUUUCUACAAUAUAAUUCCCGAUCAUUAAAUAAUACCAAUAUAACAGAGGCGUUUCGCUGUCUCUGUCUCUCACCCCCUAGUCUCUCUCUCUCACACACACACGCCACAAGAGAGAGACACACACGCCGCGUUGCCGAAGGAGAGAAAGCAAGGAGACAGAAGGGAAGGAGAGAGAAAGGCGAAUUGACGCCAUUUGAGAUCCAACCCCAAGAAAAAUCGUCCAGGUGGCCCUGAGCUGGGAAGCGCGCAGAUCGUGUUUUUCAACUCGUUCCGUUGAAUCGGAUUGCAGCGUGGAAACACAGACAUGAUGUCUUCCACACAUCAAGCCCUCCUGGUGUUCUGCUCAGCUGUGAUUCUGGUCACCCAUGGCAACCUG